UCCUCUCGUCCUAUCCAUCAAUCUAUCCUCGAAACGUCAACCCGAUUCCGAUUUUAAGUUUGUUUAAAGUUUAAAACUUUAAACACAAAAAAUAUUUUAAUUUUUAACUGCCCGCUCUCUCUUUCAUAUUUAAAGGCAACCGAUUGUAAAGAGAGUGCUUGAUUUUACAAUAUGGCUGAGGAUUUUCAGACUCCAAUUUGCGGUGAUAAUUGGUGGAGCUCUUCCCGUAGUAUGUUGGUCGCCGUCGGUGGAUUAUCCCCUUGUUCCGUCGGAAUCGCCGACUUAUCUUGGCCACCGUCCGAUGACUUUCUCGACAUCAAACCCAAAUCCGCCGCCACUGAUUCCGACAACAACAACAACUCCUCCAUGCUUUUUCAAGAUUAUUCCACUUUUCAAAUGAUGGGUUUUGCUCUUUCUUCUUCUACCACCUCCGAUCAUUGGAACCAAUCUGAUAAUUUGCUUAAUUCGAAUGGAAUUCCGACGAAUUUCUGUAGUGAAAAUGGAAUGAAGGAAGGAAAUGAUGGUGAGGGUUAUUUAAACUGCUCAUCCACUAAUACAACAAAUUGCCAAGCCGGUUUAUUUCCUGUUGAGUCAACUUUAUAUGGAUACUCUUCUCCUUCAACUAAUUUAUACGAUGAUGAUCGUGAUCCUCAUCCUCUUUUCAAUUCUACCCCUACAGUUACCAGUAAUUCCACUACCUUCCCGCCCACAAAUAAUCCUAAUCACUUAUCUUUAUCUUCAACCCCUAAUUUUCCUUGUAAUUACCUUGUUAAACCCUCACUUUCAAACCCUUCCCCACACUUGCACUUCACAAACAACACACCCUUUUGGAAUGCUUCUUCUUCAAAUACCAUUCCACAGGGAAUUGCUUCCUUACUUGAAGACAACAACCCUAAAUCCCAAAAUACUACCCUUGCUUUCAAGUGUAUGAAUAGAGGCAAUUCUGAAGAUGGUCAAGAUCAAGUAAAGAAAGGUGAUAAAAAUAGUGCAAUAACGACCGAACCAGCCGUGUUUAAAAGGCCUCGAAUUGAAACUCCUUCACCAUUGCCAACAUUUAAGGUGCGGAAAGAGAAGCUAGGGGACCGGGUCACUGCCCUUCAACAACUGGUUUCACCGUUUGGAAAGACCGAUACAGCCUCAGUUCUACAUGAAGCAAUUGAGUACAUAAAAUUCCUCCACGAUCAAGUCAGUGUCUUAAGCACACCAUAUAUGAAGAGCAACAAUGGAAUAACACCCGUCCAACACCAACAACAGGUAUCUGAAAAAGCAAACCGAGAUAGCCCAAAACAAGAUCUGAAAAGCCGAGGGCUUUGUUUGGUGCCAAUUUCAAGCACAUUCCCAGUAACAAAUGCAACGACGGCGGAUUUCUGGACACCGACGUUCGGCGGAACAUUCCGAUGAAGAGAACUGAAUGAGAAUGCAAGGAAUAGGGAGGAGUUUUAUAGAGAGAAAUAUAUUAAUCAUAUAAGAUUGAAAUUGGUGUAAUAAUAAUAAAAAAAAAAAAAAUUAGUGAUGAGUAGUAAUUGUGGUAGUAGCAGUAGUAUUGGGAAGAACAGGAACAAGUGCUAAAUUCAGGUAAAGUACUCAACCACAUAGAUCCAAGUGGUUGAUGAUAGCUGGAUUUAGCAGAUGGGGGUUUGAAUUAUAAUAUAAAGUUGGCCCUUUUGUUCCUGUUCCUUUUCUUUUUCUUUUUAAUUUUUAAUUUCUAAUAUGUAAUCUAUGAACUUCAUCAAAGUCUAUAUUAUCAAAUUUUAUUUUUUUUGUUAAA